AUUUCAGGGAGCUAAAUCACAUAUCUACCAGAAAAAACCAAAUCGUAAUCAUCACAAAUAUCAUUCCACGGUUACAUGAAGGGAAACUAUCACUCACAACCACACCUGGAUCGCGCUUUUACUUCGACACCGACAUUGAUAUCAUACAACGCUUCCAAAAGAGGAAUAAACUGCUAUACUAAGCUUGAAGCCAUAACUCCACAUGGGAUGAACAACAAGACAUCAAACGACACCGGUCAACUGUUUUAAAAUUUAAAUUAUUGCUUUCUACGUCAAUUAAAAAUGUCCACUCAUAUACUCUUUUAUCCUAAAAAAAUUGUUUGCUCAACCUAAUAUAUUAUUCAAAUUUACUAUAUGGUUCAUUCUACAAUACACAAAAAAUAACUUCCAAUUUCUAGAACUUAAAAAUACCAAAAAUUAAAAGUUUACUUCAAUUGAACAUGUUAUCCGCGCGUAGCGCGGACCCGGCUCUAGUUAUAAUAAAGGGAAAAUUGGAAAAAUGGGACACUUUGAACUUUUAUUUGUCACAAUAGGAUUUCUGAUAUUUUGGACAAUUCUGGACAUAUUUUACCCUUUUUUAAUAGAAAAAAUAGUAAACUGAAUUUUAAAAAUGUUAAAAAAUAUCAAAACUAUUGGAAACAUAAGUAUGACAAUAUAUAUGUUUAAAUUGUUUUUUUUUUUAAAAUGAAUCAUAUUUUAUUUCAUCUUCUAGCUACAGUUAUAAUACUCAUUCUGGUCAUCUACUUAGUCUAGAAUUCGGCUACUAAUGUUUAUACAUAGAUAUAUCUUUGGUAUACAACGUAACCUAUCUUUUCUUAUAUAUUCUAACCAAAGCUAGGUUACGUUACGUUAUAAUCAAGAAAGAUAUCUUUCUUAUACCUUUAGCUUGGUUACGACAUGUAGCCACAAUGCGUUGAUAUACCCUAUCUAUAUUUGGAGCCAUGAUGUGGUCUGCCUUUUACCUUAUGUGGCGCCUAGGGAAGAAUAUGUUUCACAUCUACUCUACUGUGUUCUGACUUACAUAGGUUAUACAUUCUACAGGAAAUCCGAAAAAUAUGGAAACUUCCAUAAUCGGUUAAAGAUGUUUCCUAAAUCUAAACUAAAUCUUCCCUAAAUAUCUCCAAGAAUAUUUUCUCCCACGUUUUUCUCCUUCUCCCACGAUCUUUUGUCGUCGUUCUUUGUGUUUCUCUCUUCUUCAUCGACAUAAUCAUCUCUCUUUUCUCUAUCAAUACAACAUGGUUCUAAUCUAUGUCAAAUCGGGUGAAUGGAUGUGUAGUCGCGGUGAUGACUGGAGUUUCGUGGUAGACAAAGAAAGGCGUGGUCGAAUGGUAACAUUAGCAACUACUACUACGUUGAAGCAGCUCAAGAUAAUGGUGUGUGAGGAUUAUGGGGUGGACCAUAAUGCCAUUAAUGCCGAGUUCAGUUAUUCGUUGUUGAAUCAAAAAGGGAAUCCUCCUAUUAUUAUCACCAAUGAUCGGCAAGCAUCUAAUUUUGUGGGCUAUGCAAAGAGGGAAUCGUCUACUACCUUGUGUGUGAUGUUCUCUGUUUCCGGUGUAAAUCAAAAGGAACGAGUCAAUAUCGAUUUGAAUAAGGAGCCUUGCGAUUCAAGUAAUGUUGAGGAUGAAGAAGUUCCUGAGAUAAAUCGAGCAGAGUUUGUCAAGCCGUCAAAGGAGUCUUUUGUUAAAAGAACGAAUCAUGUCGCUGCAGAUGGUUGCGGUCCUUUAAGGAGUGAAAACAUUGAACUUUUUCAAAACAAUGGAGACAGUGAUAAGGAUGGUCGAGCUUGGAGAGGAGACUUCGUGAAGAAGGAUCAAAUUUUCACAAGUAAAGGGGUUCUGAAGGCAACAAUGGAAAUUUUAGCGAUGAAGAAUAAUUUCGAUUACACUGUUAUCAAAUCCACGAGAAAAUGGUGGUAUAUUCGAUGUAAAGAUGCAUUGUGCAACUGGACUGUGCGUGCAGAAGGAAUAGAUGGGUCUACAUAUUUCAUGAUCAACCAAUGUGAUGGAAGACAUUCAUGUGCUCCUUCAAAGAAAAGGAAAUUCGGAAAAACAGCAUCAGCAAGAACAAUUGGGACUCUGAUACAACAUCGAUUUGAUGAUGCAAACGAUGGCCCAAAACCGAAUGACAUCAUUCAAUUUAUGAGAAUGGAGCAUAGUUGUGAGAUUACUUAUUGGCACGCUUGGGAAGCUCGUGAGUUUGCUAUUGCAGCUGCUAGAGGUAUACCAGAUCGCAGUUACUCUAAAAUACCAGCAUAUCUGCAUAUGAUUAAAGAAGCAAAUCCUGGUACGCAUACUCACUAUGAAACUAAUGAGAAGGGAAGAUUCAUGUAUCUAUUUAUGUCAUUUGGGCAAUCAGUUAGAGGAUUCUACAAUGCAAUGCGAAGGGUGAUUGUUGUUGACGGAACUUUUCUGAAAAAUAAAUACAAAGGGACACUUCUUGUUGCUACUGCUGUAGAUGGUAACUCUAAUUUGUAUCCGAUUGCAUUUGGGGUUGUUGAUUCAGAGAAUGACGAUUCUUGGGGGUGGUUCUUCAGACAGUUGAAAGUGGUUAUUGCUGAUUGUCAAGACCUAGCUUUUGUCUCAGAUAGAAAUGCGUCUAUUUCUAAAGCUAUUGGGACUGUCUACCCUCGAUCAGCACAUGGAAUUUGCAUUCAUCACUUAUUGACCAAUGUGGUCUCAUUUUUCAAGACAAAAGGAUUGACUGCGUUGGUAGAAAAGGCUUCACGGGCAUAUAGAUACACUGAAUUUCAAGAACGUAUCACCGAAAUUUUUGAUAUGAGUCCUGAGCUUGGAAGAUAUCUACGGGAGGCUGAUGUGCGCAAAUGGGCUCGUUCUCUCUUCCCUGGUUCCAGGUAUGACAUUAGGACCACGAACCCUGCAGAGUCUAUAAAUUCAGUUCUUAGAAUACCUAGAGAAUAUCCGGUUAUUCCUUUGCUUGAUAGUAUAAGAGAACUGUUGACUCGAUGGUUCUAUGAGCGUCGCUUGUUAAGCUCAAAGCAUCUAGAUCCUUUAACCGCUAAGGUGGAGAGAAAGAUUGAUAGGAGAAUUGUGAAGGCAAAAGGAUUCCAGGUUUACAAGGUUGACAACUUCAGAUCGGUUGUAAAAGGAGACAUAUAUGAUUGUCAUGUUGAUUUGGAAAGAAGAACAUGCACAUGUGGUAAGUAUGAUAUAGGAAAAAUUCCUUGCCGACACGCCAUUCCUGCAAUUUAUUCACGAGGUAUGGAAGUGCACAGAUUCACUGACGCCUUAUACAGCACUGCAGCGUGGAGAACCGCCUAUGCAGAUUCCAUUAAUCCAAUAGCAGUUGUAGAGUCAGAAUGGAAUGUCCCUGCUGAGGUUAAACUUGCAAAGGUUUUACCACCAAAGACAAGAAAGAGUGCUGGUCGACCAGUAAAGAGAAGGUAUGAAUCAGUAGAAGACAAGAUCGCAUCUUCUCAAGGAUCAAAGAAGAAUAAAAAGCAUAAGUGUAGCCGUUGUGGAACUGAAGGACACAAGAGAGGAACAUGCGAUUUACCCAUCUAGUUUGUUAUGUGUCUGCAUCUGUCUCUGUUUUUUUCUUUAUUGCUUUUGAAACAAUUUGAUCUUCUGUUUAAGAACCUAUUUGACAAUUUGGUAUUUGCUAAACUAUAGAGACAAAUCGAUUUA